CAAUAUGCUUGCAUAUCAUUGUAGUUUAGAAGUAUGGAGCAUGUUAAAGUACAGUUUAUUCGAUAAAGGUUAUCAUCAGAUCGUCCGUGGAGAAAGUGAGAGGAAGAAUGUUUUUGCCACGCUCUAAAUUGACAUAAGUUUGCUAUAUAACAGUAAUUUACACUUGGCUGUUACUAAUGCGUUUGGCCGAGAUCCCAUUGUUUGACUUGGGAAGUUUAUUGCUACUGAUGAUAUUGAUUCAAAACGGAAUAAAGUAUUCUGCUGCAGCCCACGCAGUAUUUAGAUAUCAUAAUUUUAUUGGAGUUUUAUACAUGCACGCAAAUGGAUUUUUGGUGCAGAUUCGAAUGUAUGUGGUUUGGAAUGUAGCCUUUUCGGUGUAUACGAUGCAGUAUAAAUACCUGUCAAAUAUGACGGACAAUAUCGUGUUACCUUUAUGUGGACAGUGAACCAGAACAGAUAAUACAAGUGAUUUGAACAUAUUUUUGUCUGUAAGUGGAAUGUUCUGUUUUGAGAAUAAACAUGGAAAAUGGAAGUGAAACAGGAAUUGAUCAUAGGCCUGAGAAGACUAAAUUGUCCAACAAAUUUGUUCGAACGUUGAAGAACAAUAAAGACUAUCGCCGAAGAUUUAUUCUUACUGUGGCUGUAUAUUGGUCGUACGUGAAUUUAGGAUGGGUAGUUCUACAAAUUGGUACAGCCCUGCCAGAUCUUCAGCUUCUUGCAGAUGUGGAUCUAGAGACAGCGUCAUGGCUGUUCACCACGUGGUCACUGGGAUUCAUGACGGGCUCUCUGUUUUGUGGUUUCCUGUAUGACCGGAUUAACAGACUUGUUGUAAUGUUUGUGUGUACAUUUGGCGUUGGUAUCUGCAGUAUUUUCCUUCCACACAGCAAGUCUUUUAGCAUGAUGCUCGUCCUCCGUGUGGCAUGUGGAAUAUUUUGUGGUGGAAUUGACACGGGCGCCAAUACAAUAGUGCCGUCCAUUUGGGGAGAAAAAGGAGGUCCAUUCAUGCAAGCUCUCUACCUGUCAUACACCGUUGGUAGUAUAGCCGUGCCUUUUGCAACAGAACCAUUCAUGUCAGCACAUCACCAUGUUGUCAUAAAUGGCACAAAGAGUUUCCAAACUUACGGCGAUAACAACACAGGCGCAUUUAAUCUCUCCAUUUGUACUGUUUGUAAUACGACAUAUAAUGAUAUGUUGUCUCUGGAUAAUAACCAAAGCUCAGUCUACAAUCACACUGUUGGGUCUAUGUUUGACAAGAAUAUAUCAAACGAAAGUUUAGCUUCAAACAUUUUAAAAGACGAUAUACAAAUUCAUAAUGCAUUUAUAAUGACAUGCGUGCUAGUUCUUUGUUCGUCCUUUCCAUAUUUAGUCAUGGUGCUGAUUGGAGAUUUUGAUAUAAAGGCCAAUAUAAAAACAGUCAAAGAUGUAAAUACAGAAAAAGAAAUAGAACCACUCCGCGAGAAAAGUGAAAUAAUCGUUGUGAUAGAGACAGGGUCACGUAAAAUAGAAGGAAAGAGGAAAUAUUGUGUGCUGGCAUGUAUUGCUGGUGUUAAUUUAUUAUACAGUGCUACAGAAGACAGCCUUGGCGACUUCAUUGUAUCUUUUGCUCUCGACUUUCUCCAUUGGGACACAUCUUCUGCGGUGUCUUUAAUAUCCAUGUACUGGGUAGCCAGUUGUAUCGGCGGACUUGCAGGUGUCUUUCUUGUCCGGUGUUUUAGAACCACCAAACUUAUUUUUAUCGCUCAUUUACUUUGGAUAUCUACGUUUCUUUUGUCACUGAUUGCAAGCCUGUACAGAAUCAAUAUAAUGAUAUGGAUUUUCAUUCCAAGUUCCGGUUUCUUUAUGGUGCUAAUAAUACCUGCUGCGAUAUCUUGGACAGAGGAAAACGUCUGCCAUAUUACUGGUCGGAUUUCUUCGUUGUUUAUGAUUGCAACAGGAACAGGGCUGGCAGCUAAUCCGAGGUUUUUAGGAUACAUGAUGGAAGAACAUACCUACGUUUCUUUUUUAUACAUAUUAUUCAUAGAAUCUGUGAUAUGUUUCGGCUUUUACGUUUUGGCGUAUACCGCUAGAUAUUUUAGGUAUAAAUCAGACGAUGACGUAAAAGCAACGCUACGCAAGUAAAUAUAUACACGCCAGGGAAAUCCAUGUUUGUUAAUGCAAUAAUGUAUCAACCUAAUAAAUUAAUGUAUAAACCUAAUAUAUCAAUGUAUGAACCUGAUAUAUUAAUGUACUAGUGUUUACCUUAUAUAAUAAGGUAUAUACCUAAUAUAUUAAUGUAUUAACCUUAAUGUAAUAACCUAAUAUAUAAUUGUUUUAACCUAACUUUAAUUGUACUAUGGAUGUCCGGUAGAGCGUUGGACUGCGAAUAGGGCGAUCAGGGUUCGAUUUCUGGAAAGGUGCAGGUCACUUUCGUUAUGAUUGAUCAUGAAAUUUGUUCUACGGUCAUUCCCACUGUAUCUCUGCUCUGGCAUGUACAGAAGUUAUCAUUUCCUUGCGAAAGUGAAGGCAACUAGUACUGGUAAACUGCUUGACUGCAUGCCCAGGAACGAUGCUGCGGCUGAACUGUGCUCUGGUUGAUUCAAUGUGGCUUAUUGCCGUGAUUCAGAGAAAAGAAAGAACUACCAAAACUACGAUCGUUUUAACUGUACUGGUGAAAUCCGCCUUUUACUUAUUAUUGUUUGACUUAAAUAAAUUACAUAAAAUACA